AUGAGCUCACGUCUCGCAGUGAAACAAUCACGCUUGAAAGACCUUCAAGCAAAGAAUUACCAAGGAUCCCAUGAUGAGUGGGUUAAAACAGUCUCUCUCGUUCUGGGACAAUCUUCUGCUCCUCCUGAUGAACCAGAUUGGGCCACUGGUAUCGAAGCUUCGGCCAGUAUAUCGGGUUCCGAUGAAGACAAGGAAAUUGUGAUCACGAUACGCAAGCGAGUGCAGACUAUCACACAACGCCUUGGUGCCUUUACCCUCAAGCAAGACGAUGAACAAGCUGUCGAGCUUUUUGAAUGGACAGGAAUCACUGCGGCUAGAGCUCAUAUGCUAGAGCAACAAGUAUCCAGCCUGACUGGCCGUUAUCGCCUUGCCGAAGAUACCAUACAUAGGUUGAAUGAACAGCUUGAAGAGCUCAUGCAUGCAAAAACUGAGCAUGAGAAUCAACUGGUGGCCAAUUUUGUGCAGGUCUUGAACGAGAAAAAGCUUAAAAUCCGAAACCAGCAACGUCUUCUGGCAUCGGCUACUGUGGAUGCCACCAAAGGCAGGUGCAUUGCCGAAGACUCACAUGCAAGUGCCGAGAAAUCCCAUUCAGCAAAGAGAAGUGCUCGCAAGAUGAGCGACACAGAUAACUCUGAUGGUUUCGAAAAAAUGGAUAUUGAUAAAAUAAAAUCUGAUCGAAAUGCCCCGAAUAACAAAGCCACCGAUGACGAAGAGCAUUCGACCUCUCAUCCUUUGGACGACGAACAAAACAAUAGCACGACGGACGCCGAUUCGUCUCAGGAUGAACCUGCCCAGCUGAAGCGAGUCUCACCAGCGAGAGACACCGCGCCACCUCGAAGAGAUUUGCCAUUUGCUUCAAGGACCAGCGGACCUAUGAAGACUGCUCUAACCCAACCUCAGCCCAGCGAAGAUGGCGAAGAAACGGCGGGAGAGACAGACGAUGAUGAGCUCUAA